AUGGACCCAACUAUCGUCACCUUGCUCGAAAAGAGCGCCGCCGACGGCAUCCCCUUCCGCGCGCGAUCCAACCACGUGCACCACACAUGGGCCAAGACCUUUCACUCCCUCCCGGAGCUCUACAUCCAGCCCGAGUCCCUCGAGGAAAUUGAGAAGGUCGUCAACCUCGCCCGCAGAUACCGUCGCCGCCUCGUCACCGUGGGGUGCGGCCACUCGCCCUCCCACAUCACCUGCACCUCGAGCUGGCAGCUCAACCUCGACAACUACAACCGCAUCCUCUCCGUUGACGAGUCUACCGGCCUGGCCGUCAUACAGAGCGGCAUCCGCCUGUACGCGCUAUGCGACGAGCUCGAGCGCCGCGGCCUGGCGAUGCCGAACCUGGGCAGCAUCAACCAGCAGUCCAUCGCCGGCGCCAUCUCCACCGGCACGCACGGCAGCAGCCUUUCCCACGGCCUCAUGUCCGAGGACGUGGUGGCGCUCAAGAUCACCCUGGCCAGCGGCAAGACAGAGUCUUGCUCGCGCGACGAGAACCCCUCGCUCUUCCGCGCCGCGCUGCUGUCCCUCGGUGCGCUGGGCAUCAUCACCGAGGUCACCUUCCGCGCCGUGCCAGCUUUCACGCUGCGCUGGACGCAGACCAUCGACACUGAUCUCAAGGUGUUGAAUGCUUGGAAGAAGGACCUGUGGACGCAGAGCGAGUUCGUGCGUGUAUGGUGGUUCCCCUACACGCGUAGGGCGGUGGUCUGGAAAGCGGAGAAGACGAGCGAGGAGCACGUCGAGCCGCCCAAGAGGAACUACGACGGCGCGUUGGGCUACUACAUCUACCACAACCUGCUGUACGUUGCGCAGCAUGUCCCGCGGGUCCUUCCAUGGGUAGAGUGGUUCGUCUUCGGCAUGCAGUACGGCUUCGGCAACGGGUCGACCAUCUCCGCCGUCCAGCCCAGCCGCAAGGCCCUGCUGAUGAACUGUCUAUACAGCCAGUACGUGAACGAGUGGGCCAUCCCGCUGCACAAGGGCCCCGAGGCCCUCCGCCGCUUGUCGUCGUGGCUGAACCACCUCACGCCCAAAGACCCGGACUACGUCCCGCACAACAUCCCCUUUUCUGCCGACGGCCUCUACGUCCACGCGCCGGUCGAGGUGCGUGUGAGCGACACCUCGCUGACGUCCAAUGCGCGGCCGUACCUUGACCCUACGUGCGCCGACGGUCCGACGCUGUACCUCAACGCUACGCUGUAUCGCCCGUACCAUGCGGACCCGCCCUGCCGGGAACGUUACUACGAGGCAUUUGAGUGGCUGAUGAAGGAUCUCGGCGGGAAGCCGCACUGGGCCAAGAAUUUCAUGGAGAGCGAGGCGAUCGAAGCGUUUUACGGCAAGGAUCUACUGGAGUGGCGGUCGGUGAGGGACGAGGCGGACCCGGAGGGCAUGUUUGUCGGGCAGUGGCACCGCGAAAAGGUGCUCGGCAAGGGGCCGAGGCUUGCGUUGGAGGAGGUCGAGGUCGAGAGGGCUGCGGCAAGGGGAGGCGGGUUGAGGGUUGCUGGUGCCGUGGGAGACUCGCAAUGA